UCUCUUCUUCCUCUAUCUUUUGUCUCUUUCUUCUUCCCCUUUCUUCUCUGAAUUCUCCAUCUCAGAACUCUCUCUAACGGAACCUUAGUCACAGCGAAGAGCCCAUGACUUGAUCACCGGCAUCAACAGCACCACCACGCAAGGUCUUCCCGAUUCCCACCGCAAGAUUGACCCCAUCAGCGCCGUCAACGGACUCUCGCCCCUUCUCUCUUAAAUCGGAACCCACACGGUGGUGGUGGUGCUUCGAUCUAGAUCUUGCCUUCAACGGAGGACUCUCUCAUCCUCUUUACAGCGCCGUUGUGGAUCGUGGCACACCAUAUCACGAGGUUGACAGUUGGGGUUGUGUUGAUUUUGUAUUGUUUGGCUGAGAUUUUUGCUGGUUUUUUGGGUGGGUUUUUUUUUUUAAGUUCAGGGACAAAAUUGUCUUUUAGGACGAAAUUUGUAGGUUUUAAAAUGUUUGGGAUUUAGUUGGUAUUAUCACAAACCUCAGGGUUGUUUGUGGAAUUUACCCUUUUUUUUAUUUUUUAUUUUUUCUCUUGGAACCAGAUUUGGGGAAAUUGGAUUAGGAUUUUAGGGUUUCUUCGUUGAUUUUCGAUUCCGCCAUUGAAGGCAAAGAAAUCAAAUCCAUCACAGUACAACACAGCUACAAAUCUCAAUGGGGAAGAACGAGUUCCUAACCCCAAAAGCGAUCGCGAAUCGGAUCAAAGCGAAAGGGCUCCAGAAGCUCCGAUGGUACUGCCAGAUGUGCCAGAAGCAAUGUCGCGACGAGAACGGUUUCAAGUGCCACUGUAUGAGCGAGAGCCACCAGCGUCAGAUGGAGGUCUUCGGCCAAAACCCGACCCGAAUCGUCGAAGGAUACUCCGAAGAAUUCGAAAGCACUUUCUUGGACCACAUGAAGCGUAGCCACCGGUUCAGUCGCAUCGCCGCCACCGUCGUUUACAACGAGUACAUCAACGAUCGCCACCACGUCCACAUGAACUCGACCGAGUGGGCCACGCUCACUGAGUUCGUCAAGUAUCUCGGUCGAACCGGCAAGUGUAAGGUCGAGGAAACCCCUAAAGGUUGGUUCAUUACGUAUAUAGAUAGAGAUUCGGAGACUUUGUUCAAAGAGAGAUUGAAAAAUAAGCGAAUCAAGGCCGAUUUGGCUGAGGAAGAGAAGCAAGAGAGAGAGAUUCAGAAACAGAUCGAGAAAGCCGCGGAGUUAUUCACCGAGCCUCCGAAGCCUCUCGAGGCUGAACCUGUUAGGGAAUUGAAACCCGAAGCUGGUGUCAAGAUCGGUUUGAAGCUCGCAUCGUCGAAUUUGAAGCCGAAAGAGAGGGGAGAGGGUUCGAAAUUGGUUUUUGAUGAAAUGGAAACCGAUAGCAAAGCCAGUGUGGCGAAGACUACGAAUAAUAAUAAUAAUAAGUCGGUUUUGGGGGAGAUGAUGAGGGAGGAGGAGAUGAAGAAGGAGAGGAUUAAUAGGAAGGACUAUUGGUUGUGUGAGGGAAUUGUUGUUAAGGUUAUGAGCAAAGCUUUGGCAGAGAAGGGUUACUAUAAGCAAAAAGGGGUUGUGAAGAAAGUGAUUGAUAAGUAUGUUGGGGAAAUUGAGAUGCUUGAGAGUAAGCAUGUGUUGAGAGUUGAUCAGUUGGAGCUCGAGACUGUGAUUCCGCAAAUUGGGGGACUCGUGAAGAUUGUGAAUGGGGCGUAUCGUGGCGCGAUUGCCAAGUUGUUGGGGGUUGAUACGGAGAAGUUUUGCGCCAAGGUGCAGAUAGAGAAGGGUGCUUAUGUUGGUAGAGUGCUUAAAGCUGUUGAGUAUGAGGAUAUUUGUAAACUUGCCCAGAGCAACUCCGCGAAAGGGAGCAGGCUGUACAUGAGUUGGAAAGGAAGAUGGAAGAGAAAGAUAGGGAGCUGGAUGCAAUCAAAUUGGACAAUAAAGCGGUUUGUUGAGUGCUUGCUUACUUUUGAUAUAUUCUCUAUGCUGACGAAUGACCUAUUUUGAUAAACUCUGAAAUUACUAAUAUUGAUUGGGUUGACUGGGCAGGCCUGGGCUAAAGAGGACCUUCUUAGAGAACAAAAUAAAGAACUAGCACC